AAUGGGAAUAUCCGUUUAUUUGUGUCGUUACCACCAAUGUAUUCAUACAUUGUUAUUUAACUAAUGCUACCAGGGAUAACUAUUACAUGGAGAUGUUACACAGGGUUACAGUGACUCAUUAAGUGCAAAUUCUAAUCAUUUGUUAACUUGUCUUGAGAUUUUGAUCAAUGUGUAUAAAUACAACAGAACCCUCAAAAGGUGACUUAUGGUGUUCUUUCCUGCUAACUUGUUUAGUGUUUAAAAAAGAAAAAAAGAAAAAAAGAAAAAAGACUUGCAAGCUGGAAUCUGAUCCUGUCUUUGUGUGCGAGUGCUCCCGGCUGGGCUAUGCUUGAAGGAAGAUGACACCGGAAUUAUUUUAGGCGACAUUAAAAUAGCCCAAAAUGUUGCUGGGUAGAUUACAGCCGAGGACGGCCUACAUAUGUCGUCUGGCUGGCUCGCAAGUAGACAAGUAAGUGGCUCAUCGCUUGAAUACUGACUUUAACUACCUCGUAAUGCAUUCGGAUGUGGGACAGGCUGCAAAAUGGCUUUACUUUUGGAGACUUCAAAAUUUGAGAGGAAAAACAAAAAGUGUUUAUUUGUUUUUUGAAAUACAUGUGCUAGAUUGUGUACAAAAAGGCAAAGUGGCGCAUUCAGACUUGCCCAGCCGCCCGAGGAGCUUCGCCAGCCUCCCGGAUGCGUCCGCCAGGUACGAGAGCCCGCCGGCGUCCCAACUCCAGAGGCUAAUGUGGACCAAGACGGGCAGCGAGUGCAACCACAUGGACCAGGUGCAGCCCAGGAUCUUCUUAGGAGACAUGUACGCCGCCAAAGACAAGCGCAGCCUGAAGGCGCACGGCAUCAGCCACGUUCUGAACGCCGCCCACGGGAAGUUCAACGUCAAUACGGGCGCCACCUUCUACCGCGACGUCAAGGUGGCGUAUCACGGCGUGGAAGCCUUCGACAUGGUCACCUUUGACCUCAGCGUUUUCUUUUACCGGGCGGCCGACUUCAUCCGGAGCGCCUUGAGUUCGCCCACGGGGCGAGUGCUGGUGCACUGCGCCAUGGGGCUGAGCCGCUCGUCCACGUUGGUGCUGGCCUACCUGAUGAUCCACGAGCGAAUGACGCUGGCGGAGGCCAUCGCGGCAGUCAGCGUCAAGCGCAACAUCGCACCCAACCGCGGCUUCCUGGAGCAGCUGCGGGCGCUGGACGUCCAGCUGCAGUCCGCCAGGCACAAAGCCACCGGGGGAACUUGAAGACAGAGCAGAACAAUUUGUUUACGUCCAGAUACACACAUUUUUAUGUCAAUGUUUCCCCAAAAUUAAAGUUGUUGCUCACAAUGA